GGCCGGGGCGCAGCGCCACCCCCGCCUGGGAGGCCGCAGCGGCCGCGGGGCCUCGGCAGCGGCAGCGGGGCCGGGGAUGCGCAGGGCCCCGCCGCCGCCGGACGGACAGAUGGACACGGCAGCCCCGCCGCCCGCCCCGGCCCGCGCUGCACGGCCGCUGCCCGCCGUGCCCAGGGCCGGCUGAGGACGGCGAGUCAUUGCCGGAGAGGCCGAUUCGGAUCCUCCCUCGCUCCGGGCGCAGCCGCCUCCCCUCCCGCCUCACGCCGUCAUGAACGGGCUGUCGAUCAGCCAACUCUGCUGCCUGUUCUGCUGCCCGCCCUGCCCCAGCCGCAUCGCGGCCAAGCUCGCCUUCCUGCCCCCGGAGCCCACCUACGCCAUGGUGCCCGAGCCCGAGGGCAGCACGGGCUCCCUGCGGGGCGCCGCGGGCCGCUGGAAGCUGCACUUGAAGGACAGGGCGGAUUUCCAGUACUCCCAGCGGGAGCUGGACAACAUCGAGGUGUUCGUCACCAAGAGCAGCCGGGGGAACCGCGUGGGCUGCAUGUACGUCCGCUGCGUGCCCGGCGCCAGGUACACGGUGCUCUUCUCCCACGGCAACGCCGUGGACCUGGGCCAGAUGAGCAGCUUCUACAUCGGGCUGGGCACCCGCAUCAACUGCAACAUCUUCUCCUACGACUACUCGGGCUACGGCGUGAGCACGGGCAGGCCCUCGGAGCGCAACCUCUACUCCGACAUCGACGCCGCGUGGCAGGCGCUGCGCACACGGUACGGGAUCAGCCCCGAGAACAUCAUUUUGUACGGACAGAGCAUUGGCACGGUGCCCACGGUGGACCUGGCCUCCCGCUACGAGUGCGCGGCCAUCGUGCUGCACUCCCCGCUCACCUCCGGCAUGCGCGUCGCCUUCCCCGACACCAAGAAGACCUACUGGUUCGAUGCCUUCCCCAACAUCGAGAAGAUCUCCAAAAUCACCUCUCCUGUCCUCAUCAUCCACGGUACAGAGGAUGAAGUCAUCGACUUCUCCCACGGCCUGGCGCUGUUCGAGCGCUGCCCCAAGGCCGUGGAGCCGCUGUGGGUGGACGGGGCCGGGCACAAUGACAUUGAACUCUACAGCCAGUACCUCGAGCGCCUUCGGAAAUUCAUCUCCCAGGAGCUGGCCAGCCAACGCAACUAGCCAGGGGGCAGGCAGGGGGGUUCUGCUUGUUCCUCCAGUUCUCCCAGUAGCUCUCCCCAGUCCCUGCUGCUGGAGCUGUAACGAGUUUGUUCAGCCUCAGCUCCGGGCUCAGGAGAGGGCAGGAGGCCCUGCAACGGACGGUGUUUGCUCUGGGACAUGAGCACAGCUCUCCUCCCUGCUGGUGCCAGCCCGGCUGGCCAGAGACGGCAGCUCCCUCCUUGCCCCUUCCCAGAGACACGAGCCCACCCUCCCAUGGUGGAUCCUUGGCUUCAGACACGUCCUCGUCUCCUGUCCCAAACCGGCGCAGCCCCGAGUCCCUCCCGGCCGCUCUGCUGCUCUGACCAUAGCAAUAAGGCGAGUUGGGGAGGGGCUGGGGCCCUGUCCCCGCUGUCCCUGGGCGUGGGACACGGGAGGUGGCAGUUCCUGCUCUCCACGGAGCUUUCCCGGGACCAGCGCUGCUGGGGCAGAGCCGUGUCCCCACGGGGACUAUGGGGAUGCAUGGAGGAGGUGCCCCCUGCCCCACACCUCCUCCAGUCUGGCGCUGCUCAGCCUUCCCAGAGCGCUCCUGGUGCUCAGGUCACCCCUGGAAAACCUCCCCGGGAACGGGGGGAGGGAAGCAGGCAGCAAAUAAAGAGCAGAGGUUUAACGUUU